AUGGUAUUGCAGAAAGCCCAAUCAAGUUGCGAGUAUCUUGUUGUCAAGCGUCCUCGUGAUAAGAAGGAUGCGAUAAGUGAAAGGGACACCCAAGAAGGAAGUCCGCCGUUCUCAUCUAGUACGCCGGUCGUGAUACCAGAGGGCUACUCAAGGUUUGAUGAUGCGGAAUCAUUCGCGUCGAUCCCUAGUCCGACAACACUUCAGGAGUCUUCUAUACCAUCAAGGGAUUUCAUAGAUCCAUCGUCUCUGGCGCACAUUUUCAAUUGUCCACCUACGAAUGACGAUGUUUCACUGGCAGAUUCGGGGCUGCACCUGAUUAGCCCACCAAAUUCACAGUAUUUGCACGAUCCUACCACCGAUCCAGACCUUGAUUUCGUGUUCCAGGAUGCACAAUUCAGUAUCAAUGGAGAGAGCUUCAUCGAGGGUUCGUCCUCGCCGGAUGCCACUCUUCUGGCCUUUUUUCAGGAGCCUAAGUCGGCAAAGUCUCGUGGAAGUGUCAUGAUCGAAACUUUGGGAGGGUUGACUGCGAAGGCCGAAGACCAGGCGGUUGUUCAAGAACUGAACACGAUUUUGCAAGAGUUCAACAACGAGCAAAGCAGGGAAGUCCUUUCUGAUUUCAAGCCGCACCACGUCUCGACGGCGCAGAUGCAGCGGGAAUUCGGUGAGAGGACUGCUAGCCAGCAUUUUGAAACAAUGGGCUUCUACCAGAAACUCGCUCAAGGACCGCCAGACAUAACCAAGACACAAGCUUUAUUUACUAUGGCAAUUGAUGACGACUUCAUUGAGUAUGAUUUGGAGAAUUUAACUGCUGCUACAAACCAAUCCACCUUGUCUAACCAGAUCUUCCGAUUGCAUUGUCAGCUCCAGCAGAAGAAGGCGGCAGUUCUUGAGAGCCUAACAGUGUGGAACACGGAGCUUCAGGCUGCGAUCCACCCACACGGCACAAAUGAUGGCACUCUGACGAGUGAUGUGGGUGGCCAGAUACAAUCAUGGGCGCAGUAUCUGAUGCUGUUGCAUUCAGAAUCUGUUAUGUUGCUGACAGAACAGUUCGUACUCAUCCUUUUCUUGUACUUCCAUUCCUUUGGUCGUAACUUCGAUCUGUACCACAACCGAGAGACGCGCUGA